UUGUAAGGACGUUUCGGGUAUAUAUUCAGGGCAGAGGAGGCAGUCGAGCUGGGAUGGAUUCAUUCACUUCUCUAUGCCAUUCAAGCAAAUCUUCGAGCCAUUACAGGAAGUUAGCUUUAAAGACAUACCAAGAGAGAUUCGAAGAAAUCAAGCAACUAAAUAUGCCUGAGCACCACGAACAUCCACCGUCUGGCGUCACCGACACGGCGGCCGACAGCGCGCACGAAUUCAUCGAGGGCGCAGAGGAGCAGGAACACAAGGCUCAUCCUGAAGCUCAGCUCGACCGUGGCAUGCAUCAAGAGACCGCUGAGUCCGGAAGCAAGGGGCUAGGGGCAACUGAAAAUGAAGAAAGCCACUCCAAGUCCAAGAUGGAGUCGAUCAAGGAGGCGCUGCAUCUCAAAAAGGACGACAAAUGAUUGGUAACUAUGUUGCUGGCCGCGUGGUUAGGAUUUGAAGGGUGUUGAUGGAAUUUACCGAGGAAACCGUGUGUUGUGGAAAGGUUGUGUUUACUUCCGGGCCCAAGUGUAUGAUCAAGUUGCUGUUGACAUAUCAAUUUAUCUAAUCCAACAAGUAAUCCGAUCA